UCAUGUUGCACUUUAUUGGCCCGGAUACCCGGCCUGCCAGCCCGACAUGUUUACAAAAAAGUUAAAACCCAAACCCUAACUUCGCGUCUCUUUACUUCUCCACCUCCUCCCACUGUAGAGCAUUCAACUACUCGGCCAAAAUCGCCAUCGUCGCCGAUUCUAAGGGCCGUCGAAAAAUUUGUUGAACUUGGUAUUCUUGCAUGUCUUGAUGGGUACAUGAAUAUCGCAAUGGAACAAACAGAGGAGUAUGUGAAUGGCCAGUUGAAGAACAAAUACGGUGAUGCCUUCAUCAGGGGGAAUAAUGUGCUCUAUAUCAGCACAUCAAAGGGAACACUAGCAGAAGGGGCU